UAACAUUUACAUCAGCCUUCUUUUUGAUCCAUUUUUAUCGAUGACGUGGCAGAAAUAACUUUUCAUCACUGGAGAUAACCAGCUCCCUAAAACCUCCGGUAACCCCCAUUUUCGAAAGCUUUAUCUGCACCAUUACUCCUAGCCGUCUUCAGUAAAUCGCAGUCAUGUUUAUGACGAGAUUUAUCGGGCGGUCGUUCCUGGCUGCGGCAAAGUCAGAGUCAUCUGCAGCUACUGCUACGAUGUCUACGUCAGGGCACAAUCCUCUUGAGGAGCUUUUUGAGAAAGAUAGAAGUCUUGAUGAUCAAAAACCUGUUUAUGGUCGAAGUUGGAAAGCUUCGGAACUGCGCUUGAAGUCAUGGGAUGAUCUUCAUAAGCUAUGGUAUGUUAUAUUGAAGGAGAAAAACAUGCUGAUGACUCAACGCCAGAUGCUUCAUGCUCAGAACCUACGAUUUCCCAAUCCAGAGCGUCUUCCCAAGGUGAGGAAGUCAAUGUGCCGUAUCAAGCAUGUACUCACAGAAAGAGCAAUUGAAGAGUCAGAUCCUAGGAGGUCCGCCGAGAUGAAAAGGAUGAUAAAUGCUUUGUGAUGCUUUCUAAGUUAGUAUCACUUUUGUUGGUAGGAUGUGAUAGUGCCUAUUUUGCUCGGUUAAAAAAUACGGACUGGUGAUUCUCCAAUUUCUUUACUACUUAUCCUAAAUUUGUAGAAGAUUUUGUUGAGUUGUGUUAUGACUGCUGGAUUUACUAUUUUGGUAGAGAUAUAAUUUGAAUCUUGUAAUUUUUCUGUGUAACAAUUGAAAGUAUUGUAUGGUUUAGAACUA